UUUUUGACAUUUCUUUGAGAACGAUCGCCGGUUAGCAGCUGAUAGGGCAAUCUCGAUCAAGACGUUAUUCAUUUGUUUCUAGUGGUAAAGCAGCCUGCUUGGAAAUGCCUAUCAAAAGUGUUUUGGCCCGUAACAUCUUCGAUUCCCGUGGUAAUCCCACUGUGGAAGUCGAUCUUGUGACAGACCUAGGUCUAUUUCGUGCUGCUGUACCAUCUGGAGCAAGUACUGGCGUCCAUGAAGCUCUCGAGCUGCGCGACAAUGUCAAGGCCCAAUACCACGGCAAGGGCGUCUCCAAGGCCAUCGACAACGUCAACAAGAUCAUCGCGCCCGAACUAGUCAAAGCAGGACUGGAGGUAACGCAGCAAGCCGAGAUCGACGAGUUCAUGCUGAAGCUCGACGGCACCGAGAACAAGUCGAAGUUGGGCGCGAACGCCAUCCUCGGGGUGUCUCUUGCCGUGGCGAAAGCGGGGGCGGCCAAGAAGGGCGUGCCCUUGUACAGACACCUCGCGGAUUUGGCGGGAAACAAGGAUAUAGUGCUGCCGGUGCCCGCUUUCAAUGUCAUCAACGGGGGGUCGCAUGCUGGCAACAAGCUUGCCAUGCAGGAGUUCAUGAUCCUGCCGACGGGCGCCACUUCCUUCACCGAGGCCAUGCGCAUGGGCAGCGAGGUCUACCACCACCUCAAGAAGGUCAUCAACGACAAGUUCGGGUUGGACGCGACCGCCGUGGGCGACGAGGGCGGUUUCGCGCCCAACAUCCUCGACAACAAAGAGGGACUGGAUUUGAUUAAAGCGGCGAUCGAAAAGGCGGGCUACACGGGCAAGAUCGACAUCGGCAUGGACGUGGCCGCCUCCGAGUUCUUCAAGGAGGGCCUCUACGACCUGGACUUCAAGAACCCCAAGUCGGACAAGAGCAAAUGGCUGACGCCCGACAAGCUGCUCGCCCUCUACCAGGACUUCGUCAAGGACUUUCCCAUCGUCUCCAUUGAGGACCCCUUCGACCAGGACGACUGGAGCGCGUGGAGCGCCAUGACGGCCGCCACGGCCAUCCAGAUCGUCGGCGACGAUCUCACCGUCACCAAUCCGAAGCGCAUCCAGACGGCCGUGGACAAGAAGGCCUGCAACUGUUUGCUGUUGAAGGUGAACCAAAUCGGUAGCGUCACCGAAUCCAUCAAGGCCCACCUUUUGGCCAAGGCCAACGGAUGGGGCACCAUGGUGUCGCACAGAUCCGGAGAGACCGAGGACACCUUCAUCGCCGACCUGGUGGUGGGGCUGUCCACCGGACAAAUCAAAACCGGAGCCCCGUGCAGGUCCGAGAGGUUGGCCAAAUACAACCAGAUCUUGCGUAUCGAAGAAGAGCUCGGGGCGAACGCUAAAUAUGCCGGUAAAUCAUUCCGUAAGCCAUCGUAAGAGUAUGGUGGGGUACUGAUAUUGGUAGUCUAGUUUCGGAACAGAAGCUCUGGAAUCGAUGUAUGUUGAGUUUCAUGCGUAUUGUUAUUAUAGAAGAAAGUUUUUCCGAUUGUGAAACGUACUAUAUUGGUUAUUUCUAUCAUUUAUUUUCUUGAUUGAGGCGUUUAGUAAAUCGUCUCUACAUGAAUUAUUUAUUUCUUUUCGAUUGAAGCCAAUAAAAAUCUUUGAAUU